GCCUCAGUCAGUCUAUGCUCACUCCCUCUGCCUAAAUCUCGUCCAGGUAGCGUUUGUCUGCUACCUCACUUUUGGUGUAGCUAACUACCAAAAUGACGAGUGGGGAUAUUGUUUAUGACAAGAUCCACUUCAGGCAUGACCCAAAAUGGAGCGGCCGCCUGGGGCCUGCAGAGGGGGGCGGGGUGCUGCUCUGCGUGGCCUGUGUCAUUGAAAUGAUUGACAAUGACGAUAUAGCGUCAGUGAGGAAGUCUUUUGCCCUGUCUGGUAUCAGUGGGGUGCUGAAGUGUUCUCCGGGGGCCUUGAGAGAGCUGCUUCGACAGGACAACAGAGUCUCUCUGCAUUUUACAGCUUCUCUACUGGGGAUGCUUCACACCGUGGAGGACCCAGCCACUCUGGAAAAGGUUGACCAAGUGUUGGUUCAGCUGCUUUUGGAACUCCACAGUGAGAUGUCCUAUCGCUUUGUUUUGGAUGAGAUACACAAACAGCUGAGUGACCAGCUCAGCGUGAAGGGUUCCCUGCCCACCUUCACCUUCUUGGGGAACCUAGUGGAAGCCAUCCCCAACGUGGCCCAUAGUCUGGUGACUCAGUAUGUGCCCUUGCUGGAGCACCUGUGCUCGGCCUUGCUUUACCCAGAUGAAGCGCUAAAAGCUUCGGCCCUAUAUGUGUGGCUCAAGCUGUUUGGGACAGCUGGGGGCUCGGCAGCCCAGUCCUUGCCUAUUGCCAUCAGGGACAGAGUGUGUAUCCUGUUGCUGCAGACCUUGGCCAAUGCCAGCUCCCCUCAACUCAUCAACAACUGCGUUGGCCUGCUGUGGCUGCUGGUGCAGCUGGGAGAGGCAGUGUCAGUUUUGAUGAACAGCCCCGGCGAUCAGAUCAUGUGCCAUGAGAACCAGAACAACGGCCAGAUCCUCUGCCAAAACCAAGAGCAACAGUCCCCUGAGCAAUGCCCUCUGCCUCUCAUACUGAAAAAGUUAUUGAUGAGUGGUGAUGAGACAUUGCAGGCGACCAGUGCUAGGUGUAUUGCAUCCAUCCUGGUUCAUUCUCCCAGUCAGUGCAGUGCUCCCUUCAUCAAAGCUGAUGUCCCUGAGUUUCUGUUUGACCGUCUGGCCAGCAGCAAUAGUGAGGUUCUGCUGUGGUCUGCCUAUAGCUGUUUGGUGUUACUGACCGACGACCCACUCUUCUUCUCCCAGUGUCACUCUGUCUAUGGUAUUGAGUCCUUGGUGCGCAGUGUGAAGGAGGCUCUGCAGCUGACCAACCUGGAAGUGCCGAAACAAGGUUUACUGCUCCUUACUGAGAUAUUGGAAAGGCAGCCCCCAAGCGAGCGUCUGUUCCCCAGUGGUUCAGGGUUUGUGGCAGUUUCAGAGGCUGUGAUGGGUGGAGUCUCAUCCUCCUGCCUGCUGGUAGCCACACAGGCUGCCAACGCUGCUGCUGCCCUGUUCAGACUGAACCACCAGUCCAGACCAGUCCAGUACGGAAAGAUAGAGGGAAUAAUUGAGGCUAUCACUAACAGAUUCUCUGAGCUGCCCCUACCCUCUCCUGCUCAUCGUCGAAGCUCUAGGAGUCUGAAGAGGUCAGACCCCAACAACCAGGCUUCCAGGUCCGAAGGAUUUCUGCUCCAGGCCCUGAUCUGUUUUCAGGCUGCCUGCAGGUUGGCUGAGGAGUGUGCAUCGGAGCCUGUUCUGAAGGAGAACACGUUCACAGCUCCAUCUAAACACAGCUGUGCUCAGGACCCACUGGAGUCUCUGUGUCAGUGUCUGCUGCGCUGCUGCGACUCCGUCUGGAUACCCACCGUCAUUAAGGUGUGUGAGCAUUCACCCAACCCUCAGAUACUGCAGUACUUCUACUCCAUCCUAUCCUCCCAGUUUGCCCUGCUUCCAUCUCUCAUCUUUGUCUUUGCAAAUAAGCUAGCAUCCUCUGGUUUCUACAGGCUGCCUCUGGAACACAAAGGGCUCCUCUGUGCAGGAAACAGGCACCCACAUCUGAAUACAUCGUGCUGUGGUUUUCUACAGAAACUCAGUAUGUGUCUGCUUUCACAGUCAGACCCAGCUUCAGGCUCCUGUCAGUCUGAUGUUGAGGAGGUGGAGAAUCUUCUGCUAUACAACCUUCCCUUUCUGUGUUGCCGUCUGUCAGACUGGCCCUCACUGCUUCGUGAGGCCCCGGGAAUCCAGCUGUGGGAAUAUAAAGGACCAAGGGCCAUCCAGUACUGUCUGGUGAUUAUUCUACACCUUGCCCUGCAGCAAGGAGACAGACUGCUUCCAGACCAGACAGUGUUCUCCAGUGUGGUGUGCUUGUUGCAUUCAGUGCAGGCACAGGGCAGCUGUGCGCUGCCUCGCUCUGUGCUCCGCUCUGCCCUCUACCUGCUGGCAGUGACACAGGACAAGAGCCCCAACCUCGACGGGGCUCCUUUAAACUGCAUCAGCAAGGCACUCUCCUCCUGCCAAAGCUUCUCUUCCCUCUACAUUCACCAUCCUGCACUCCUCCACUUUAUCUGGCGAUAUCCGGAUCUAGCAGAAAAAUUUGGGCCUGUAGUCUUGGAACUUUGGUUGAGCAAGCAAGCACAGCACACAGAUGCAGAGAAGACGAUUGCCAACAUACAGCAGAAGGGAGAGAAGACAGAAAGCCGUACAGACGAUCAGGAGCCAGACACAGCAACUAUGGAGCUACUGAGUGUGAUAGAGAAGUACCCAGCUGCCAUACUGACCCUCCUGGACAUGGUUUGCACCAGGGAGGCCACCCUGGCAGGACAAGCCCUGUGGGUGCUGGAAGUUCUUUUGCGUGUUCAAAGAGAGUAUGAGGCUGACUUGUGUGCCAAUCUUAGACCAGCUCUGCUGCAGGCAUUACAGAGACUCAGUGUGGAGAGCAUGGGCCAUGGGCUUGGACAGGUACCCACUGCACAGGUGAACUCACUCCCUCUGGUGCUGAAGCUGCUUUGUGUGAUGCAGGCCAGUGACCCGCCUUCAUCUUCCUCCUACAGUAAGAUGGACGGAGUGCACUUCAAGCUGCUCUAUCACGUGAGUAAUAUAGCAGGGAGAUUGAAUCCUUCGGAUACCGGGAGCCUGCUACCAGCCCUCAGCUACCUGUACUGCUGCCUGAGUCUGUCCUCUGCACACUGCACUGACAGAGCUGUCUCCGUGCUGCUCUCCAACAGUGGGCUGAUGGACCAGCUGCAGACAGUCCUCUCCUCCUCUGCUCCAUCCCUCUCUCCGUCAGCCUGUCCUCCUUCAGCGCUGCUGUGCUGCAGCCACCUACUCCUGUCCUCCCUCAUUACCUUGCAGCGUGUUAACUCUGCACAGGUGCAAAAGAGCAUCAGUUGGAGUCUGGACACAGCUGUGCAGCGACUUCUUGUUCAAAAAAGAAACACAGACAAUCUCUUGCUGGUGAGCCACCUGAGGUUGCUGCAGGCUCUCCUUGAUGCUGACCUGGCAUCAGCAGUGGUGUGUCUGAGCACUGGUCCUGGCCUGCUUGGGCCCAGACCUAUGGGGGUCGAGGAUGGCACUUUGUACCCGCUUGGCUCCAGAGGAGCCCAGUGCCUCUCGAUUGCUCUCAGUGGACUUCUUCUGCAGAAGCACGAGCUGUUGCUGAGAGCCUCAGUCAACUGUCUAAGCUCCUUGCUCGGCUUCCUACAGAGGAAGAGUCCCGCCACAGCAAAGUACGUGGUGUGUCAGCCAUGGAGCCGAUUCCUCCUCUACUGCCUGUUCAACUCAGGAGAGAGCUGCCGUCUGCACCCUGCCAUUCUCAGACUUCUCACAAUUCUCUUGCAGAACGGCAGUACGGCCGUGUGGGAGCCUGACCUGCUCCAGGUGAUGGAGGCGGUGGAGAGGAGAGGGGUGAAGGAGCUCAGCGAGGAAACCGCACAGGCCCUCAGGCUGCUCCUAACACAGAUCCAGAGCAAUGUCGAUCAGCCUCCACUCGCGGAAGAACACAAGCAGAGAGUGGGUGGUAUGAUGGAUUCCCUUGGCCUUCAGACGCCACCCGAGAGCUGCAGCCCCAGUCUGCCCGGCAACGUCUUGCGUGUUGGAGACAUGUCCAUCUGUCUAUCUGACUUCACGGUGAAAGCCGAUGGAUGUUCCGGAAAACUGAUAUAACGCCACCCAUUUUGCAAUUUGUUUCAUUUAUUGUUACAGAUCUUUAAUUUCUAUCCACCUGGUGUGUUUUCUGUUCUGCUCUUAGAAGCAGCACAUGCUCCUGUCUCCAUUUGGCAGUGGCACAGUAAAAUAGUUUGAAAGUAUUUACCAGCAGUGUUAAAGAAAAGUUGGAUAAA